AUCAGCUUCUUAUUCAACAAACUCAUUUCUCAAAAUUUGAAGCAAAAGAAAACUCAAUGGCUCACAGAUAUUUUUUUAUCGUUCUUCUUCUCUUCAUGCUUAUCACAGGUGGAAUUUCUGAAAUAACCUUCAAUUUUGAUAAUAAUUGCAAGGAUACCUUAUGGCUUGCCUCUAGUCCAUCCGACGGUGACUUGGAUCCUGAAAGUGGGCCGGACACACUAGAAAUAUUCUACAUGGACGAUCCAUGGUCUGGAAGUAUAUGGGUACGAACCAAGUGUACCUCUAACGAUACCUAUUACUUCUCAUGUGAAACUGGAGAUUGCGGGUCGGGUGAACGAGAUUGUCAAGGCCCACCACCAGUGUACCCGGUUACCCUACUCAAUUUCAAUAUCAGCCAAAAUGCUGUGUCGUAUGAGCUGAGCUUGGUUCACGGGCAUAAUAUAGCAGUUCAGAUCCGACCAGAUGGCGGGUCAUUGGUUGAUGGCGGAUCUGGGCCAUGCCCGAUUGUUGAGUGUAUUGGGGAUAUUAGUAAUGUUUGUCCAGCUUCGCUUGUGGUUAAAAAUAAGGACGGUGUCUAUGUUGGGUGUAAUAAUCCAUGUGAUGUUUUAAAUGACCCGAAUUAUUGUCGGGCUAAUGAUAUUUCAACCCGGUUUAAGCAAUUGUGUAGCUCAGCACAUACGUAUCCUGGGGAUAAUAGUCCUCCAAUAUAUAAAUGUAGUGGAGCUACUAGGUAUUAUAUUACCUUCUGUCCUGUAUUGUAGAAUUCUAAAUACUUUGCCAUAAGUACUUUCUCUCUAACUGCGGUUAUGGAAGAAUAAUGAGAAAAGUGGAUUUUAAUUGGUUUC